AUGGCGAACUUCCAGACGUGGACGGCCGGGGAGCCCUACCUCAACCUGCACUGCGGGCUGGGCGAGGGCCCCUACUACGAGAAGGCGGCCAACGUCCUGCGCUUCGUCGACAUCAAGAAGAAGCAGGUCCACUUCGUCAACCUCGACCGGGGCCCGGAGUCGCUGCGGACGGUGCAGCUCGACGUCCCCGUCGGCGUGACGGCCGACAUCGCGGGCGUCGACCCGGCGGACAGGAUCCUGGUCGGCCUCAAGUACGGCGUCGCCGUGCUCGACGUCGCCAAGGGCCAGUACGAGUACGUCGCCAAGCUGCACGACACCGACAACGAGCGGCUCAGGGCCAACGACGGCGCCGUCGACCCUCACGGCCGCUUCUGGCUUGGCAGCAUGACGGAUUUCGGAUUGGGCGACUUCCAAACUGAAGGCGCCCUGUACCGCUUCGAUGGCAAGUCAGCCAGGGAAGAGGUUCUCAGCGACCUCCUGAUCCCCAACUCGGUCGGCUGGUCCCCGGACGGCAGGACCAUGUACUUCACGCACUCGACGGACCGCAAGGUGUACGCGUGGGACUACGACCCCACCAGCGGCGCGGUCUCCAACCGGCGCGUCUUCUACGCGCACGACGGCGCCGGCGAGCCCGACGGCUUCCGCGUCGACGCCGACGGCAACCUCUGGCACGCCGUGUACAACGAGGGUCGCGUCCUCAAGAUCUCGUCCGCCGGCGAGCUCGUCGGCGAGGUCAGGGUGCCGACUUUGGCCGUCACCUGCGUGCAGUUCGUCGGCACCGCCCUCUUCAUCACGACGGCGCAGCUCGGCGAGGACGACGAGGCCACCGACGAGCAGAGGGCCCUCGGGGGCGCGCUGUUCCGCGUCGACGUCGGGGCCAGGGGCCUGGACCCGUUUGAGUUUAAGCUCUGA